AUUUUCAGAAACUUGAGUUUUCAGAAAUCUAAGUUUUGGAUCCUCGGAGAGAGCUUGGAAAUCUUGACUUGAGCUUACACUGAAAAUGUUACUGGACCCUUCUACCAAAGGGAGUGACGAUAUUGAUAUUGACUGGAGUUCGGAAGAUGAUCAAGAAAUUCAGGAUUCAAACUGUAGAGUGACUGCUUCUAGUUAUGAGGAGGCAUGCCGAACAUCAACGCCUCACUCUUCGGAUCUGAUUCAAAACUUUGUUGGGAUGGGGUUUCCAAGAGAACUAGUUGCAAAGGCAAUCGAACAAAAUGGUUCUUGAUAUUCCUUUUAAGGAGACACCUUGUGAUAUCUCUCCUCAAUACCAGCAAUGUUUCAACAAUGAAGGGAGUUCUUCAGGAUACAAUGAUAACUUUGGGGAUGACUUGUCUGACACCUAUAGUUGGUCUGAGGAUGAUGAGGAAAAUGUGGACUCUUUAUCUGACAAUGGAAGAAUACUGUUAAAGCUCACAAAUAUGGGUUACAUGGUGCAAGAUGCUUCACUAUCUAUGGAAAGAUGUGGUCCAGCUGCCACAGUUGAUGAAUUGAUAGAUUUUAUCUCUGCUGCUCAUGUCGCAAUGUCUUCAGAAUCACAGUACUUGGAAGAUGAUAUCAAGAUAAACUUGAAGAAUCCGUCUGCUGUGAGCGAUCAUAAAAGGAGGAAGCUACACAGCUAUGAGUUGCAUAGAAAGAAAAAGCAGAUGAGUGUGUUUGGUAAAGACGAUCAGACACUUCAUCUGCCAAAACCCAUGGAAAGAGGGUAUAUACAUAAUCUGCCUGUUCACAACAGAUUCCCUUUACUUCCACUUCCACCACGCGAUAUACACGACGCACUUCCCUUGACAAAGAAAUGGUGGCCUACUUGGGAUUCUCGUACGAAGCUCAAUUGCAUACAAACUGCAGUUGCAAGUGCAAAACUUACAGAAAGGAUCCGUAAAGCCUUGGAAGACUGUAAUGGGGAGCCACCUAAGAGAGUGCAAGAUUACGUUCUUGAUGAAUGCCGGCGGUGGAAUCUAGUGUGGGUAGGAAUGAACAAAGUAGCACCUCUAGAGCCCGAUGAAGCUGAAAUGCUCAUGGGGUUCCCAAAGAAUCACACUAGAGGGAUAAGUAGGACGGAUAGAUUCAAGGCACUUGGCAACACGUUCCAGGUAGACACAGUAGCAUAUCAUCUCUCAGUAUUGAAGGACAUAUACCCUCAAGGCAUCAAUGUGUUGUCACUCUUCUCCGGGAUUGGCGGAGCCGAAGUAGCUCUUCACAGGCUGGGAAUCCGCUUGCGAAACGUAGUCUCUGCAGAGAAAUCAGAAGUGAAUAGGGCAGUGGUGAGGAGCUGGUGGGAGCAAACAAGCCAAACAGGGAAUAUGGUGGAGUAUGAUGGCGUGGAAGCGUUAACGCGAGAUGAGAUACAGCGCUUGUCUUCUUUGGUUGGAGGCUUUGAUGUGGUGAUUGGAGGGAGUCCGUGCAAUAACAUCUCUGGGAGCAAUAGGGUAAGUAGGGAUGGAAUAGAGGGGAGUGAGAGUUCUCUUUUCUUUGAGUUUGUUCGUGUUUUGAAUGUUGUGAAAGGGCAUUGAAAUGCUCUCUUUCACCUGCUUUAGGGCAUGCUGGAUAUUGGCGGAUCCACUAGCUUAUAGCCUUUUGACCAAGAACAACUGAUGUAGGUUUUAAAUUAAUUGUUUGGCAAAUAGCUAUUUUGCCUAGCGGUUAGGAUUGAACAGCCAAUAAUCCAAAUGCUGGGAUUGUGAAUUUUUUUCAUGCCGUUAAUGAACUUUUUUAUUAUUUAGUUGAUGUAUGGAGUAUUAAGAAAGGAUUUACAUACGG